GCAUUGGGAAACAACGUUCAACGGAAGGAAAUCACAGAAGAUUGCCUACAGUUGAGGACUUAGUCUAGCAAUCGCUUGUACAGCACUACAACAAAAUCAUUUAGUUAAAAUAUUUAGUAUUUUCAAAAGUUGGUACUCAAAUUGUAGCUACACUGAGAGUCCAGGACAGAAAAGUAACGUGUACCGUUCCAGGAAGAAAACCACUAAAGAGGUUGAGUGCAAUCUUGUGCCGAAACCAGAACAUUAUGGGAGCUGUCUUUGGGGCCUUUUCUGUCGCAAGCUGGGUGCCGUGUCUGUGUAGCAGUGCGACAUGCUUGCUGUGCAGGUGCUGUCCCCAGAGCAAGAAUUCCACGGUGACGCGAGUCAUCUACGCCUUCAUCCUGUUGCUAGGGACCAUUAUAGCCUGCAUCAUGCUGUCACCGGGAGUGGACGAGCAGCUAAAAAAGAUUCCUGGGUUCUGUGAAGACGGAGCAGGCUCUUCUAUCCCAGGAAUCCAUGCCAACAUGAACUGUGAGAUCUUUGUGGGCUAUAAAGCCGUGUACCGGGUGUGCUUCGGCAUGAGCAUGUGUUUCCUGGUGUUCGCUCUGAUUAUGAUCAACGUCAAGAACAGCCGAGACCCACGCUCUGCCAUCCACAACGGGUUUUGGUUUUUUAAGAUUGCCACCAUGGUUGCCGUGACAGUCGGUGCCUUUUAUAUCCCUGAGGGGCCUUUCACUCACCUGUGGUUCGUGGUGGGUACCUGUGGGGCGUUCUUCUUCAUCCUGAUCCAGCUGGUUUUGCUGGUGGAUUUUGCCCACUCCUGGAAUGAGUCCUGGGUGGAUAACAUGGAGAGUGGGAACUCCAGGGGCUGGUAUGCAGCCUUGCUCGCUGUAACUGGACUCAACUACAUCAUGUCAUUUAUCGCCGUUAUCCUGAUGUACCUGUUCUACACUCAGCCAAAGGGCUGUCUGCUCAACAAGUUCUUCAUCAGCUUCAACAUGAUUCUCUGUGCUGUAGCCUCUGUCGUGUCCAUCCUGCCCAGAGUACAGAAAUUCCAGCCCCGAUCCGGUCUACUCCAGUCCUCCUUCAUGACUAUGUACACCAUGUAUCUGACCUGGUCGGCCAUGACCAACGAGCCUGACCGUACAUGCAACCCCAGCCUGCUGAGCAUCUUCCAGCAGACACUGGUGCCCACGCUGGCCCCACUGGAGAUCGAGAACCAGACGACUGUGGUGAUCAUCGGCACUGAAGAGCCCAUCCUCUCCUCCCCCUAUCUGCAGUGGUGGGACACCCAGAGCAUUGUGGGAUUGGCCAUCUUCAUCCUCUGCAUCCUCUAUUCCAGCAUCCGCUCGUCCAACACCAGCCAGGUGAACAAGUUAACCAUGGCCUCUAACGACACAGUGAUCCUGGAGGAGAGUAAAGCAGGCACCCCGGACGAGGAGGGAGGGACGGGACCCAGGCGUGUGGAGGAUAACGAAAGGGACACGGUCCAGUACAGCUAUUUCUUCUUCCACUUCAUGCUCUUCCUCGCUUCGCUCUACAUCAUGAUGACUCUCACCAACUGGUACAGUCCUGAUGCAGACUACAAUGCCAUGACCAGCAAGUGGCCGGCGGUUUGGGUGAAGAUCUCCUCCAGUUGGGUGUGCCUUACCCUCUAUACCUGGACCGUGGUCGCCCCAAUGAUACUCACCAACCGGGACUUUAGCUGAGAACGGUUCCACCAACGCAGUAUUUUCUUUUCACGUUCCUUAUUGUGAUUCCUGAUUUAGUAAAAUAAAAGUGUUUUCCAUAGACUUUGA